AUGGAGUUAGGAUCUAUUGCAGCGGUAUCUUGGCCGCGGUUUAAAAAGGAAUUCAAUGAUCAUUUCUUCCCGAACACUAUGAGGAAACAAAAGGCACGAGAGUUUAACAAUUUAGUACAAGGGGAGAAGACGGUCGAGCAGUAUGCCCGGAAGUUUAUAGAACUCGGGAAGUUUGCUACACAUUUGAUUACUAGGGAGGAGAUGCAGAUCGAGCGAUUUCAGGAGGGUCUACGGCGAGAGAUCCGUAGACAGGUUGCUUGUUUGCAAAUUUUGACUUUUCAGCAAUUAGUAGAGGUUGCUUCGAUUGCAAAGCAGGAGUUUAUUGAUCCUGUUGCUGCUCCAAUUGGGCAAAAGAGAAGAGUUUUCAGGGAAGGAAGUAGUUUGGAGUCUGCACCUAAGUUAAUUUCCAGGACUGGGGCUCGACCGCAGAUGGCCACCGGAGUACGAAUGGGGGGUCGAGUGCCAGUAUGUGGCAAAUGCAAUAGGUCGCAUGUCGGCGAGUGCUACAUAUCUGGGAUUCAGUGUUUCAGAUGUGGGCAAACAGGACAUCUUGCUCGCAGCUGCCCUACCAUGAUGCAAGCGAAUCGAGGUGGUUACCGUGGUGGGAGGACUACCCCAAGACCAAUUGUUCAAGCUAGGGUUUACGCAGUGACACCUAGUGAGGUAGAUGAUGAAGCUCAGGAAAUCCAAAAUGCUGGAGUCAUCACAGGUAGAGUUCGACUAUAUGAUUAUUAUGCUUGCACUUUGUUUGACUCGGGAGUAUCUCAGUCAUUCAUUUCUGCCACGUUUGCACGGAUGUGCAACCUGGUCUUUAAACCUUUAUCACAGUCUUUGGUAGUGAAGUUACCAAAUGGGGAAACUGUGUGGUGUUCGAAGGUUACCCUAGGUUGUCCUCUGGUUAUAAAUGGAAUGACUCUUAAGGCAGAUUUGAUAAGGAUUGUUAGUUUCCAACUAUCUGGGGGAAAGUAUUUGGAGUUUGCAGGAAGUAAGAUUAAGGCGAAACCUGCAGUUAUAUCUGCCAUUCAAGCAAGCAGGGACUUAGCUAAUGGGGCGGAUGCCUAUUUGGUUCAUGUGAUGUCUGCACUUUCGGAAAAGAAAUCUGUAGCAGAUAUUCCGAUUGUGAUGGAAUUCUCUGAUGUAUUUGUGGAUGAUUUGCCCGGCUUGCCACCUGUUCGUGAUUUGGAGUUCGCCAUCGAUCUAGAAUCCGGUGCGGCACCAGUUCAUAAGGCCCCGUACCGAAUGGCGCCAGCAUAG